GAAAAAAAAACCAACCACGACUGAGUCUGUUCCUUCAGGGGAUGCUGGGUUUUCCCAUGGACUGACUCAAACUGGAAACUUCUUCGGUAGCAGCAGCAGCGGCGGCAGCAGCAGCAGCAGCAGCUAUCUAGGUCAGGGCUGCUCGCAGCCGCUGGUGCUCCUCGCCGCACCCGGCGGCCCCGGCCACAGCGGGCGGCAGCGGGGCCACGCCAGCCCUGCCGGCCCCCGGCCCGGGUCCUGAGGACUGGGGAGCCCACGAGGUGUGUGUGUGUCCUUUGUAAGUUGCUUUAGGUUGCAGGAGGCUGGCAGGCAGCUGGGGGCCGUCAAGGUCUCUUUCUGGGUCAGGUAACGAAAGGGCACUGGAAAUUGGACCCGCUUUUACAAACACUUGAACAGCGCUCGCAGCAAACAGGGCAGCUCGUACCCACACCCGAGGUAACACGGGGAGGACUACGAGAACGUUAGCUGUGCUCAGCAGGCUGGUUUGGGUUGAAUACUGCUAUUUUGACGCUUUCACCGCGGACUCCGUCGUGCCCCACUUCUGACACAGACUGUGCGCGGCUCUUUGUCUCGUUGCUGCCCCAGGAGGAGCGCCACAGAGGCGAGGGGGUUCGGCAGCAGCGGAGCCCGGCCGUGCUCCCGGCGGGCGCAGCUCUCGGAGACCCCCGCCGCCACCUCCCCUCGCGCCCCGGCCCCUGCCCCAGCCGUGGCUCCCCCGGGGCAGGCGGCUGCGCCGGGACGGGCGGCACGUGCCCGGCCGGGAGGAAGGCGAAGAACUCGCUGAAACUAUGCCACGCACGGACGGCGGCUGCAGCCCAGGCCAUGGCGGGGGCCGGCAAGGCUUUGGCGCUCCACGUCCUGCUCUGCUUCCUCUGCAGAGGUAAGUGGCUGCUUGGCAUGGCACGGCACGGCACGGCACGGCAUGGCACGGCAUGGCACGGCAUGGCAUGGCAUGGCAAAGCACGGCAUGGCAUGGCGCAGCGCAGCAUGGCACAACAUAGCACGGCAUGGCACAACACAGCAUGGCAUGACAUGGUGCAGCGUGGCACGGCACGGCACGGCAUGGCACGGCACGGCACCCGCCCCGCAGACUGCUGGAGCGCACUCCCCAGCCCUGCUCGGGAUCAGACCCGGGGCGGGAAUGUUGCAGCACGGCCCCCAUGGCUUUGGGGAGCGCUCCACCAGCACCACCUUCUCCCACGCCCCUGCACCACCUGCAGCCCUCUGCUUCCUGCUGCCGUCCUCUCCCGGGGGCUUGCCCGGCCUCGCUGAGCUGCCCAGGGGGUUUCAGCAGCCCCGAGCACCCCGCGAGCUGCUGCUGUUGACGUGUGCUCCUGCCUCCGUGCUGCAUGAGCUCCGGGCGCAGCUGCGCCCUUUCCAGGAAAGCCAGAUCGAGCCGAUACCAUUCGAGCAGCGGCUUUAUCAGGGCUGCUGCAGGGCCCCGAUCUGAUAGCAAAGGGCAGCGCACGCCUCCCAUCUAGGGGCUGCCGUAAUCUCAGGGGAUCAGAGAUAGCAAGCAGGCGCGUUAUUUCCCUGCAGUCAUUUGAGCGUUAGAGCAGAACGUAAAAUUGGUGAAAGUAGCUGUUUCCGAGCUGAGUGGGUGAGUCACCGGCUGCCUGCUGGAGGCAGGGGGAUUUACCCCGUGCCUGGGGGGCGUGGGGGGGCCGGGGGGACCCCUCCGGAGGCACUCGCCGCCGGUGCCGUGUUUGAAGCCGCGGGCGCUGCGCAGGUGUUGCCCGAAUCAAGUGCCUGGGCAGCGUGUGGAUCGAGCCCGCCCUGGAGGUGCUGAUGGGCUCCAACAUCUCCAUCAACUGCCUCUCCACCAUCGGCUGCUCGAGGUCCAACCUCUCCAUCCAGCUCAACAGCACGGCCCGUAACGAGACCCUGCGCUCCCUCAACAGCAGCGCGGCCCAGCUGCAGCUGCACGACUUCAGGCUGCCCUACAGCACCGUCCUCUGCUUCGACCACUGCCGCAGCAGAGAACGGAAAGCUCUGGUCUGCGGGACGGAGGUCUGGGCCGGCUACCCCCCCGGAGACCCCCGGCAACCUGACCUGCACCAUCGGGGAGCGCUCGGGGAGCCUGGCGUGCACGUGGGACGCGGGGCGGCCGACCCACCUGCGCACCGACUACCGCCUCCACCUGAACAGCACGCAGACGGCAGAGGAGGAAGUGUUCCCCGCGGGCUCGCCGGUGCCCCUGAGCGCGCUGCGCGGCGGCAGCCGCUACUCGGCGUGGGUGCAGGCCAGGAACGCGCUGGGCGCUGCCCGCUCAGCCCCGCGGCACCUCGACCUGCGGGAGCUCGUGGUGCCCUCCCUGCCCUUGGCCGAGGGCGCGGAGACGACGCUGGCCUCGCCUCCCAUCACCACCGUCCGCUGGAGGCAGCAGACGCAGCUGGAGAACGUGCACUGCGAGGAGCGGCACAAGGCGGAGGACGCCCCAAUGUGGCAUGUGAGACGGCGCCAGCCCCCCCAAAUUUCCCCCACUGCAGACCCGUGGGACGGGGCCCGGUGGGGACCCCCCGGUGCCAGCCCCCCCGGGGCUCCCCAGCGCCUCCAGCAGCCGGCCUUCCCGGCAGCGUUAUCUCUGCAUUUAAGCAAAAGGACAAAACUCAAAAUAUUUCCUAAUGUUAUCUAGCUCUGCAAGGACAAGGCGGAAAAAAGCCACAGAGGGUGCUCAGCGUACGCCCGCUUAAUCUGUCUCCGUCUCUCUCGCAGACACAACUGUACCCGGGCAGGCUGCUCGGGGGUCCUGUUUGGAAACCUACUCAGGCUGAGGACCAGAUCCCAGCGCUCUCCAGAGCUCCAAAACGGGCACUGGCCUGGUGCCACUGGCACGGGGCUCUGCACAGCUCUGGGUUAAACCUUUUUUUUUUUUUUUUCUCCCAAUCUUUGUGCUCCCAAGUGAUGCGGGGCAGUCAGGACAAGCCCGUCCGUCACACCACGCGUGGGCACCCUGCUGCCUGCCCACCGGCUGCGCUCACCCCAUGCCCAUGGGUUCAGCAGCCCCGUGUGCUCGGGGGGCCGUGGGGUCCCCAUCCAUGCAGACGGGGAAGGUGCUGGGCCCCGCUCCGCCCUAGCACCCGGCUUCCCUUGCAGGUGGAGGCGUGGGACAGCACGGCGCGUGCCGGGCACCCCCUGCAGAGUGACACCCGCUACGUGUUCCAGGCCCGGUGCCGGCUCAGCCCCGCCGGCAGCCCCUGGAGCGCCUGGAGCCCCCCCUUCGUGUACACCACCCCCGAGGCCGCCCCCGCGGCAGCGCCCGACGUCUGGCGGCGCCUGGGCCCGGCGUUCCCGAACGGCAGCCACGAGGUGACAGUCUUGAUCAAGCCACUGCCGCCCCGUGCUGCCCGCGGCAGGAUCCUGGGCUACGCCGUGGCGGCGGGAUCAGCGCAGCCCCUCUGCAACACCUCCAGCAACUCCUGCAGCGUCCUGGUGCCCCCGGGGGUGCGCGUCCUCCACGUCACCGCUCACAACUCCCGGGGGGCGUCCAGCCCGGCCAACGUGACGCUCGGCCGGGAGGCCGGCCAGCAAGCCUUCCCGGCGCCGGCGGCGGUGGAGGUGCGGCGCCAGAACCAGAGCAGCGUCUCCGUGGCCUGGCAGCCCCCACGCGGCAGCAGGAGCCCCCCGCUCUGGUUCAUCGUGGAGUGGGUUUCUACAGCUCCGUAUAGCAAGGAGGAACGCUUCUUCUGGAAGAAAGUCCCGUACCAAGACACGCUCACGUACAUCCAAGAAGACACAGCAGCGGCAAGCCACAUCAACGUGUCGGUUUAUGCAGUCUACCCAGACGGAGUGAGCAAACCAACCUCUGGCCAAGUCUCCUCGGAGGAACGGAUCCCAGACUUCAGCUACGACGAGACUUCCCACGAUGAUGACACUGGAGUUUUCCUGGGAAUGGGUGUCAGUGUGAUCAUAUCGUCAGUUGUUCUUGCAAUUCUGAUGUUUAAAAAAUCAGCUAGAAUAAGAAUUAAAGCAACAGCUGCAUCACUCUUACCAAAAUGGCUACUUGAAGAUUUUCCCCACAUGGAAAACAGCAAUGUGAUAAAGUCACUCCAGGAGAAGAGUGAAUUCACAAGCAACAGUUCCUAUGAGCCGUUCCUGGAUGACAGCGAUCCCACAGUCAUGGAAAUAGAGGAGGUGUCAGUGCAUGAGAAAUACAAGAUUGUGGACAUCAAAAAGAAACCCAGCACAGCGGUCCCCGAGAACGUGGUGCACCCACAGAGCUCAGCACCGGCCGUCAGCGCCGCACCUGAGCACGUCAGUGACUACAAGCCUCAGAUUUCCGACGGGAACCCUCUGGAUACGUAGCUGCCAAUAUUUACCAAGCACAGUCCCAAACACCGACUCCAGAACCGGAGACGACCUUUUUCUUCAGAGACUACACCAGCCCUGUUAGCUACCUGUGGAACGCCGAAGGAGCGGGGCACAACGUCUGUCUGCUGGAAAAGAUCAACCUAAUUUUAAACAACAACAGAAGUGGGCAAAACUAUGCGUUCAGCUCAGCGCAGGAGGAACAAAACACCCUUUUGGAAAGUCAGUGGGGAAAAACACUGUCGAGUGAAAACGUUCAAGAACAGACACUGGUCCCAGAUGAGCUGGUCUCUUGCUUAAGAGCAAUGAAUGAAGAACCUGUGGAUAUACAGACCUGUUUGCAGCAACGCAUUGGAAGGUUAUUUUGAGCAAAGUUAUAACUGGGAUUAAAAAAAAAAAAAAAAAAACACAAAAUUAUGAGCGGAUGAUCAUGGCACAUGUCUGCCUUUGGGAUUACAAACAUCAGAAGUGGAACAAAGCUCCAAAUCCAAAACUCGCUCCCUUAGCUGACUGUAAAUAGUUUUGGAUGCACGGAUCACCUUGGCCAGUAAAUCAUCAUUUUACACUUACCUCAUAUUUUUACAAGCAUAGCAAUGCAUAAAUGCAGGGGUUCCUGUAAGAACUGAACUACAAGACAGGUGAUUUUUACAGGAUACAAUAUGCUACAAUUAGUAUUCUAAGUCACUCUCGUGUUAAAUACUUGGAACAUUCAAUACCGGGAGCUGAUAUCUAUUAAGAUGGAUAAAACGGUCCCUUAGACAUUCUGACUGAAUUGUGUAAAAUACCUUGGGAUCACUCAUAAUGAGGAGACACUACACUGAGGAGGAUUUAUCUAUCAUGCAGCAGCCAUGGCUACCAUAUGAAAUCUUUUCUGUUUGACAGGAUAACUCAAUUUCAUUUUCCCUUCCAUUCAAUAAUAAAAAAUGCAUCAGAUAAGAACAAGCCUUCAUCAACUUGGCCUACCAGCCGGAUUUAAAAGCUCUCUCUCUAAGUUUGUCACUGGACAGAUUCUUCGUUUUGGGUGAAGGAUUUAUCGUCUCACAUCAGUUUGUCAGGGGUUCAGCUUUGCUGUUCUGCAUGAAGCAGAACACAGCACAGAGAAAUGGCAUUUACUAGGCAUGUAACAGGAAAUUCGGAUAUCCUGAAAUACAGAAAAUGAAAAAUGGGAGCCCCCUUCCUGCUGAGGGGUCUUGGAACCAUUCUAAGUUUGCCCAGGACUUCAGAGGUGGUUUUGCAAGAUGUUCCUAAAGCAAGCAGAAACUGCCUGGAAAUGGGAGACGCUGGAUUUUGUAUCUAGCCCUUACUUGACUGAGCACCCCAGCCUUUUCCAGGAAACACUUUAAAUGCUUUUGAGGAAUACAGGCACAAAGGAAGUUUACUACACCCUGUAAAACACUGAGCGUUCAGUGAGCAAUGCGUAGAACAAACCUCCGUAAGGUUUGUUCUCUCGGCCUUUUCUCCUACCUUCUGCAUUACUGCUUCUGUUCUGGAGCUGCCCCAGGGGGAGGUGAAGCUGCGUGGGGUUGGGCUGGGAGGGCUGUGAACGCCCCGCAGCCGCUGCCCUGUGGCAGCACUGGAAGCGCUCAGCGUGGAGCAGCAGGAGAGGGCCCUUUGCUGCCUGCCUCCUUCACUGCUCUGCCAGGGCAGUGCUGGCCCACGAGCAGGACCCUCAGGUGCCACAGCAAUGCUAAAAAAACGUAUUUUUGGUGCCCCGAGAGUUGUAACGCCCCAGAGCAUAGUCACACUGCUGUUUUACCUUUGAGCAUGGCCAGCCAGCAGCACGGUGCACAGGAGGGAACGAUCCUCGCUGCCUUGGCCAGCUCGGGGCAGCUCCCUCACGAGCCCCUCGACCUCCGCAGGCCACCAAAGCCGUGCUCUGCAGCUCAGCUGUGCACAUUUUGGGGCUGUAUAAAGCAUGGCAUGGAAGCUCUGUAAAAGCUACUGUCUGCGAGAGCUGGCUGUGGGCAUCCCAGAGCCCCCGCUGCAGGCUGGGUGCUUAAAAACACCCGUGGGUGCCCCGCAGAGCAGCGUAUGGACAGCUCUGCGUGAUCAUGGGCUACCUGUCGCACCUGCACGUAGGUCUGAGUCUCCGUUCACAAGCAGUAGCACCGAGGAGCCUCUGAACUAUGUAGCCGUACGUGUGAUUUCUGUUCACUGGGGAGUCUGCGCAAUUGACGGUUCUGGGUAGCUCAGCUGGCUACGCACGUCGCAGCAAAUAUAUGCAGGGGAUGUAUCUUGUAAGGCUGAUGGCAACAUCAUCACAAUAAAAGGAAAAA